AUGGACUUCCUCAACAAAUUCUCUGGCGGCGAUUCCAGCCACAAGGACAAGAGCAAGAAGAGCGACUCGAUCUUCAACAAGGCCAUGGACGCCGCUGAGAAGUACCACGCCAAAGAGAAGGCUUCCGAGUUCGCGCAGAAGCGUGUGGCCAAGCGAGAGACCGAGAAACACCAACCUGGGUACGUCGCGAAGGACAAGUCGACAGUCGACAAGGCCGUGGAAGCCGCUGAAGACUUCCUUGCCAAGCAGGGACAGCCCAAGGCCCAGCACACCGAACACAAGAAAGACAAUCAGAUGGACGAUCUGUUCGGCAAGGCCAAGGGAUUUCUCUCCAAGAAACACUAG